UGACCAAAGCGAUCGACGGGAUUUUGGUCACAUUUCCUGGGUCUCCAUAGCGGGAAUUGGACGAAGUUCAGAUCAGUCACAGGGGCCGUGAGUUUGAGCACUGCCAAGCAUCACCUCAAGCCUGCAUAAACUACACAGUGAAGCUGAAACAGAUUCCCAGCUCGUGAGCAGGAUGACAGGAAGGACAGCAAUCCUGCUUCUCCUGGCAUGUGUUUGCUGUGGCGCAGAGCGCCAGUACUAUCUCCAGAGCAACGAGUCCGGGUGGGAAGAGGCCAGGCUGCACUGCCAGGUCUGCUUCAAAGAGCUGGUCAGUCUCACCGCCGACAACAUGCAGGUCAUCGUCCGGAACCUGACCUCCAACUACUGGGUUGGCCUCCGCAAGGACAUCAACGGCUCCAUGCCCUGGUCCCGGUGGUCCAAUGAUGACCCGGUGACCUUCCAGAACUGGUACCCGGGCCACCCAAAGCCCCCGCAGCCUCCACCCAAGCCCGAGCCCACCCUGCUGCCGACGACAUCACCCCCGCUGCCCCCGCCGUCCCCGCCGCCACCGCCGCCGGCUAACGUGUGCAGCAUCCACCUGCAGGACUUCUGCAAGAGCGACAUCAACAUCACCAACUACGCCAACAUGUCAGAGACCGUCGAGCUGGACCCCGACGUGUGCGUGAUCCGGUUCGAAGACAUCUGUGCGAGCAUCACCAACAAAACGGCGCCUGCCAACAACACGGAGCCAGAGAUCCCCAACACCACGGAGCCUGCCAAUGUCACAGACCACUGGACUACUCCCUCUUACAAUGACAGCACUGUCACUGUGGAGGGGGAAGAGGAAGAGGUCCCAGAGAAACUUUGUGUAUCUCUGCUGAGCUUCGGCAUGUGGUUAGAGAAGAACUGCACUGACUACUUACCAUAUAUCUGCUAUGAAGACCGUUUCUAUGGCACAGCCACCGUCUCCAAUGUAACCCUGUACAGCAUGUCGCUAAACUGGCUGCCAGGGCCCGGGGAUAUCGAGCUCUACAGGGUGGAGUUGAGGGGGGACAGCACUCUGAUCCAGAAUACCACCAACCUCACCAUGGACUUCGACAACCUCACGGCGGGCACGCUGUACAGGGUCCAGGUGUUCCCCAUCAAGUGUGGGAGGGACCUCAACCCGCAGAAUGUCUCCUUCUACACCAGGUCUUUCAAGGCCUAA